AUGGGUUCCAUCGAAGAGGAAAGACCCUUCAUCGAAAAAGGUUCUGUAUUACAGGAAGUGAAACUGUAUGCCGAAGAUGGUUCAGUGGACAUUAAUGGAAACCCACCAUUGAAACAGAAAACAGGAAACUGGAAAGCUUGCCCUUUCAUUCUUGGUAAGCAAUGCUGCGAAAGAUUAGCUUACUAUGGUAUCGCCAAGAAUCUAAUCACUUACUUCACCACUGAAUUGCACGAGACAAAUGUCUCUGGGGCUAAGCAAGUCAUGAUAUGGCAAGGGACGUGUUACAUCACUCCUCUCCUCGGAGCUCUAAUAGCUGAUUCUUACUCUGGAAGAUACUGGACCAUUGCUUCUUUCUCUGCUAUCUAUUUCUUUGGAAUGGCUACACUGACACUCUCAGCUUCACUUCCAAGUCUAAAGCCAGCAACAAAAUCUCAGUACGCAGUGUUCUACAUCGGUCUUUACCUAAUCGCUCUCGGCACUGGAGGCAUCAAACCAUGCGUCUCCUCCUUUGGUGCUGAUCAGUUCGACGACACCUACCCUUACGAACGAGCGAGCAAAGCUUCAUUCUUUAACUGGUUCUACUUCUCCAUCAACAUCGGUGCCUUCAUCUCCUCUACUCUUCUAGUCUACGUUCAAGAGAAUUGCGGUUGGGGCUUAGGUUUCUUGAUCCCCACUCUUGUCAUGGGACUCUCUCUCGUCAGCUUCUUCUCCGGAACUCCUCUUUACAGGUUUCAGAAACCCGGAAACAGCCCUAUCACAAGCGUCUGCCAAGUUCUUGUAGCCUCAUACCGUAAACAGAACCUCAAAGAAGACAACACACUUCUUUUCGAAACACUUCGAGACGACAAGAUUGAGCACACUGAUGGUUACAAGAAAAGUGUUCACCGGAAACUUAUACGCAGGUUUCUUGACAGAGCCGCUUUAAUCUCAGAAGACGGUGUCUCAUCUAACCAAUGGGAGCUAUGUACAGUGACUCAAGUCGAAGAAGUAAAGAUUCUGUUACGUUUGUUCCCCAUAUGGGUCUCAGGCAUCGUCUUCUCCGCUCUCCAUUCUCAGAUCUACACUCUGUUCGUGCAGCAAGGACGGUCCAUGGAACGAGUCUCCGGCUCGUUCGAGAUCCCUCCAGCUACGCUCGGGAUGUUCGACACCGCGAGUGUGCUCAUAUGCGUCCCAAUCUACGACAGACUCUUCGUCCCUUUCGUGAGACGGUUCACAGGAAGAGCAAAAGGAUUCACCGAUCUACAGAGGAUGGGACUCAGACUUGUCGCCUCUGUCUCGAGCAUGGCCACUGCAGCGAUCGUUGAGACAGAGCGGCUUCGUAUGAGAAACCUCAACAUCUUUUGGCAGAUGCUUCAGUAUUUUCUUAUGGGAACGGCUGAGGUUUUCUUCAACAUUGGCCAGCUCGAGUUUUACUACGAGCAGGCUCCAGAUGCGAUGAGGAGCUUGUGUAGUGCCUUGCCGCUUCUCUCGUCUGCGUUUGGGAGCUAUUUGAGCUCGUUGAUCCUCACGCUUGUGGCGUAUUUCACGACGAUGGACGGCGGAGACGGUUGGGUUCAUUCGGAGGAUCUUGACGGUGGACACCUUGACUACUUCUUCCGGCUUUUGGUUUGUCUUGGUUGUGUUAACAUACCGGUUUUUGUCUUCUUCUCCAUGAAGCACUUGCAGAAAAAGGCUACAUGGGUUCCCAUUUCUUCCUCUGUUUUAUUCCUUCUUGUUUGGAAUUUGUAA